AUAAUCCUAGAUACUCGUAACGCGAAAGUGGUCCCUGUGAACAUCGUCUAGGCCUAAAAAACAAGCAAGUAAAUUACUCCAACUUGUACUGCUAAAUAGAUAUUGGGAAGGGCUCCAUUGCUCCUCUCUUACUUCAACCGAGCUCUUUCCUCUCUCAGAAGUUUGCUACAUUCGGAAUCAAAUGGCUGGCCAUAGGAUUGCACAUGCCACAUUAAAAGGGCCCAGUGUGGUCAAGGAAAUAGUGAUCGCAAGUGUACUUGGUUUGGCUGCUGGAAGCCUGUGGAAGAUGCACCACUGGAAUGAACAAAGAAAAGUUAGGUCAUUCUAUGACUUGCUGGAGAAGGGUGAAAUAAGUAUAGUUGCGGAAGAAUAAUUUCUCAAGGAUGGGCAUACUCGUAUGAUUUGGCUCUUCAAUUAAACAUGAGUAUACCCUUCUAUCUAAAAGAAUAAGUUCGAAAACCAAGUAUUUCUCUGUCUAUUCAUUGCUCCAUGUUUGACUAUGAAGUUUUUGAUUUUUAUUGACCUGUUUGGACAGACUAGAAUAAGUUUUCUUUCAUCAGUUAAGUGUGCCAUUCAACAGGCAAACUCAUGUCUCUAUUAAAAGUAUAUUAUUUCUCGUUUAA